CAGAUUCAGUACUAGUGUCAUCGUCAUCGUCAACUCCGCUGUCAUUUCGAAGUUUUGAACUGAAAUCAGGGAAUUGAUUGUUGGAAAUAGAAAAUGAUGAGGUGAAGCAAGAUCUCGAAAUUAGAACUAGGCUGUAGCUGGACUGGAUGUGUUUGAGUUUUAAUUCAAUAACUUAAUAUAUUUUUUAAACAAAAUUGAGCCAGUCAAGUCAGUGUAUUGGUUAGCCUACCUCUCAAUUUUUAGGUUAGGGGUUCCAUUCUAUCGCUCAAGUUCUUGCAGCAAGUUGACAUCAAUAUACUAUAAGCAAUGGCAGCUAUUGACAGACAAGAGAACCCAUGUACUUCAAUUGAGGAGAUUAAACUUCGUAUGAAACAGUUUCUAUCGAUUCCAGGAAACUUGGAAGCAGCAGCAAAUCAUAUUUUUGAUGAGUUGGUAGAAGACAUAGUUUUGGGAAUUACAUUUGAAAUACAUCGUGAAACAAAAUUGGGUGGUGUACCUAAGAUGACUGAAGAGGACAUAAACAAAUUUAGAAUAGUCGAAAACAUUGAAACCGAUAUAUUUGGACAACCUUAUAUAAAAAAGGCGCAGGAGUGCUGUUGUCCCAGUUGUAACCGACAAUUAUCUGCGUCGAGGUUUGCUCCCCAUCUAGAGAAGUGUCUGGGGAUGGGCCGCAACAGUUCGAGAAUCGCCAGUCGUCGUAUCGCCAACAACUGUAAAGAAAACGCUUAUGGUGGAAUAAGUGAUGAUGACGAUGAUGAUUGGGCUGUGGGCCAAGAGAAAUCCAAGUUGAACAAAAAAGUGGAUGGGAAGAAAAAGAAGGACAAAAAUGGUGUUAGAAAAAAUAAAACGAACAAAGUUAUUAGUGAUAAAAAUCAAAUGGAUAAAACAACAGAUGAAUUUGGACAGAGUGUAAAGUAUGAUAAUGUUGAGAACAAAUCUGUUUAACAAUAAAUAUUUAUUUAACUACUGUAUUCAAAUAUCUACUUCAAAGUGGGAAUGUGAAAUUCAAACAAAGA